UUGUAGCCCGCAACGUUGAAUUACAGGCUGGGAUCUCAGAUUACAGAAAAUUAAACAAGCAAUAGGAUAAACGCACAAUAGCGUUAAAUAUUUUCUAAAAUAUGUAUAGCUAAAUCUGUAAAUUGCGAACAAACCACGACCACAAAGCCCAUAGAGGAGCCACGUUUGUUCAUAGUGGUUUGAUUUGUCCUUAAAACAGCGUUGAGGGGUUAAAAGCCCACGCUCAGGUUUUUGUUGUUGAGUCAGUUCGGGUUUUUUUUGCAGCUGCAGUUUGAAUUAAUUACUUUCGUUUACAGUAUUCAUGUAAAAUAUUCCAGUUAGAAGAUUAAUUUGCAUCCAGCAAUGUCAAGUUGUUCAACUAUCCACUUAACUUUCCCGCAGUGGGACGGGGGCUCACGGAGAAUCCGCUUUAUGUACCUGGUGAAUCUGACAUCGUUCAGUCUGACAGAGUGCUCCAACAAGAGUCCGGUGGUUCCUCUUUAUUUAGGAGCUGAUAUCUUCUCCAACACGGACAUCCGCACAGAGAACCAUCCCAGAUACCAUGCCAAAUUUGCCAAAAAAGGAUUUGCAACAAAAAUUAAUUUUUCCUCAGCAUUCAGGUUCCAUGGGUUGAAGGUACAUACUGCAAAUAACAGCCUCUGGUUCUACAAUGUUCAAGGACUUUUCAGAGUAGCCUUUGAGAUGUACAGUAAGCAAGAGCAGCUUGCUGUGCUGGAGAACUUCCAGGAUGUUUGGAAAUCGCAGAUAAACGACAGCCCCCUGAAAAUGAGUUACAGUCUUAAUGUGCAGCUCGAAAUGCCACAACCUCAGCAUUGCCAUGUUGGCAGGGAAUCAGUGGAUGUGUAUUGCAGUGACACAGGUGAUACAUCAGCGGAUCACGAUUAUUGUUCCUUUCCCAAGCAGAGCUUGCAGGCUGAGCAAAGCCAACAAGUUAUAUCCACAGUGAGACAGAAAUUGCACAGCUUGGAUGACAAACUCUCCACUGAGACUCAAAGCAACACCGAACAGCUGGAGACAAUCUUGAUGCUUUUGGAGAACAUUGAUCGUUACAUAAAUGGGAAUCUAGAAGAAAAGGAUGUGACAGAAACUGUGUUAACCCUGCUAAAGGCCAAAGACUGGGGCUAUGCGUAUUCAAGUUCCCUGCUUUGUGGUAUAGGACGGUGGCUAGGGCAACAGUUUCAUGCGGCCAACAGCGGCAUCAGCCAGAAAGUGGAGGGCUUUAAAGUUCAGCAUAUUGAGCGAAUUAGUGACUUGCCACCUGCAGAAGAGCUAGCCACAGAGCUAUUCCCAGAAGCCAUGCAAACACUGCUGCUUCAUUGGAUGGGCUUAAGUGAUGAGUCCACUGUGGAGAAGAGGCACAGCGAGUACCCAAUCCUGCUCCUUAUCCUUGAGUUUGCCAACCACAACCUCAUCACUGGUGUGGCUCAUGUGCUUUACUCCAGUCUUAUAUGUAAAUAG